CAUGAGGUCGAGGAGUACGUGGCUACGGGCUCACAGGGCUGAGGCUCUGGUCAAGCGCCGCGGAAUCCUGCCGUUGCCGACGCCGUUCUUUAUCAACGGGACUGCGCCAGCAGCAACAGCAGCAGCAACAGCAGCAGAUGGGCAUGUAUAUCGGCAGCGAAUUCAUCAACUCCCAACCGAACUCGCACGUCUCGUCGCCGGUGCUUGACCACCAGCAGUCGAUGGCGCCGAUGCAGCAGCCGGCUGUGCCGCCGCCAGCACAGCGGUCGUCGCCCAGCCAGAUCAUAGCCAGUAUCCCGGUGAGCAACAGCCCGUCAACACACCGCAGCACGUUGAGGGACCACCCGGCGACGUUCCCGCAGCUGUCGUCGUUUUCGAUCAGCCAAAGCAACGUGCGGUCCGAGAGCACCAGCGGCAUCAAGGCGCGGAUAGCCGCCCCACAGGCGUCGCAGGCGGCGCUGCCAAAGCGCACGUCCAGCCCGCGGUUCAUUCUGCCCGUCAACCGCGUGUCGAGCGGAUACAAGCCCAGCCCGCCCACCAUGGCCUCCAGGCCACCGCAGAGCGCCCCGACGAGUGCCGCCCCACCACGGUUCGUGUCCCAGCAGCCCGAGCCGCCCUCCCUGCAUACGCCGCCUGUCAUCCAGCUCGGCGCCUAUUUCGCCAUUGCCGGCCAACAGCGCGACCACGCAGCAGCCGGCCAUCUCGCCUCGGCCACCAUCGCCGGCCCAGCAGCCGGCUCCUGCUACAGCCACUGCGUCCAUCUGAACAUUCUCUGUACUUUUUCUUUCCCGCUAAUAACAUCUAAGACUGCUGCUUCCGGUGUUUCGCGUGUUGAAGAAACGGGCUCUGGCCCUGCACCCAGGUGUCGAGUAACCCAGGUUGCCUUCGCCGAACCCAGUCGACCCUGCCGGCUGCUUUCCAUAUUCCAAAGGAAAAAUGAAAUAUACUGGGGAAUGUGUGCGGAGGGGGAGGGCGUUUUGGGCUAAAUGCAGAGCAGUUACGUUGCCCCUCCUGCCAAUUUGGCCUCCAGGAAUGCUGUGCUGAUCGCCUCCUCCCCCGGCUCCUUUCUUUCUUGCGUAGCCCAGCUUUCAUUCUUUGCUUUUACAACACUAUUUCCUGGCUUUGCAAUUUCACACACACUAUCCGCAAAAUGACAAA